UGCUGUCAUUGAACCACCGGCUUCACUGCUGUUGUCUGCAGCUAGCUGAGCUUAGCCACGCCGUGCGGUUUCAAGGGCGAUCAGAAGACGCUGCAACACGCCACGGUGUAUUUCCUUUACCCGGUGCAUUCCUACAAAUAUGAAUCCGAGUGACAUUUCAUUCAAGCUUUCCCGCUGUAGGUUCAUCAUCUAGAGGCAGCAGAGAUGGAGCUCUCUGACGGUCUGUUGCUCCAGGUCAACAAUGGCGAGCAGGGCGGAAACCGCUGGAAACACUCAAACGAAGACUCGGACCGGAGCUGUAGCCCGUCUGUGCUACGGUGUGUUAGCACCACCUGGAAGGAGGGCCUUCUGAACCGCAAGAGGCCCUUUGUUGGCCUCUGCUGCCACUCAUGUACCCCACAGAGCCAGGAGAGACUGUUUAAUCCUAGUAUUCCAUCCCUGGGCCUACGAAAUGUCAUCUACAUCAAUGAGACACACACCAGGUAUCGGGGCUGGCUAGCUCGUAGUCUGAGCUAUGUGUUGUUUGUUUGUGAGAGAGACGUCAACAAGGACAUGUUCGCCAGGAACGUGGUUGAUAAUGUCCUCAACAACAGCAGGGUGGAGCAGGCCAUCAUUGAGGUGGCCUCGGAGCCUGGGGCUGGAUUAGAGAGCCAGCCCGCCCUGCAGCAGAAGGCUGAGGGGCAGGUGAGACGGAAGGCCAGGGGGAUCCUCCAGGAGAUGGUGGCCAAUGUCUCCCCAACCAUUAUCAGGCUGACCGGCUGGGUUCUGCUGAAACUGUUUAAUGGAUUCUUUUGGAGCAUACAGAUUCACAAGGGCCAGCUGGAGAUGGUCAAGAAGGCAGCUACUGAGCAAAAUGUACCCCUGGUCUUCCUCCCGGUCCAUAAGUCCCACAUCGACUACCUCCUCAUCACCUUCAUCCUCUUCUGUCACAACAUCAAAGCCCCUCACAUCGCCGCCGGCAACAACCUUAACAUCCCCAUCUUCAGCACGUUGAUUCGUAAACUGGGAGGAUUCUUCAUACGCCGCAAAAUGGAAGAGAACGGAACCGGCAAGAAAGAUGUUCUGUACAGAUCGCUGUUGCACGCAUACACGGAAGAGCUGCUCCGGCAGCAGCAGUUCCUGGAGGUGUACCUGGAGGGCACGCGGUCGCGGAGCGGCAAGCCCUCCCCGGCCCACGCCGGCAUGCUGUCCAUCGUGGUGGACACGCUCACCACCGGCGCCAUCGCCGACGUGCUGGUGGUGCCCGUGGGCAUCUCCUACGACCGCAUCCUGGAGGGCAACUACAACAGCGAGCAGCUGGGGAAGCCCAAGAAGAACGAGAGUUUGUGGGGCGUGGCGUGCGGCGUGUUCCGCAUGCUAAGGAAGAACUACGGCUGCGUUCGAGUGGACUUCACCCAGCCCUUCUCCCUGAAGGAGUACCUUGACAGCCAGCGGACCCGAAACGUCCCGCCUCCUCCCUCCCUUGAACACACCCUGGUACCCAUCAUCAUCUCUGCCCAACCCGACGCGGCGCCGUUCCAGAACCCCCAGGGGGAGGAGCCUAACGGAGACCUACCUGACGAGAUCUCCAGACGAAACGUCAUCUCCAACCUGGCCAAGCACGUCCUCUUCACGGCGAAUAAGUCCUCAGCCGUGAUGUCGACCCACAUCGUAGCCUGUCUGCUGCUCUAUCGCCACAGACAGGGGGUGGUGCUGUCCAAGCUGGUGGAGGACUUCUUCAACAUGAAGGAGGAGAUCCUCUCGCGGGACUUCGACCUGGGCUUCUCCGGGAACUCAGAGGACGUGGUGAUGCACGCGCUCCACCUGCUGGGCAACUGCGUCAACGUCACCAGCAGCUCCAACCGCAACGGCGAGUUCACCGUCGCCCCGAGCAACACGGUGCCGGCGCUGUUCGAGCUCAACUUCUACAGCAACGGCCUCUUCCACGUCUUCAUCUCCGACGCCGUCAUCGCCUGCAGCGUGCUGGCACUGCAGCGGGAGCUGGCGGCCGAGAGCCAGUCCUCCCAGAGCGCUGCGGUGGGCGGCGCAGUGACCGCCAGCUGCACCCUGCUGAGCCAGGAGAGGCUGAUCCGCAAGGCCGCAGGACUCGCCCACUUCCUGACCAAUGAGGUGGCGGUGGCGCCGCCCUGUCAGACGGUCUACCAGGUGUUCCACGACGCCGUGGCACGGUUGAUCCAGUACGGGGUCCUCUACGUGGCAGAGGAGGACCAGGAGGAGUUGAGCCCCAGCCCCACCGAGGAGCCGUGGCCCAAGAAGUUCCCCGAGCCCCUGUCCUGGAGGAGCGACGAGGAGGACGAGGACAGCGACUUCGGGGAGGAGCAGAGGGACCGCUACCUCAAGGUGAGCACCUCCGCCGAGCCCCAGGAGUUCUUUGUGUUCCUGCAGCGUCUCCUCAGCCCGGUGCUGGAGGCGUACAGCGGAGCGGCCAUCCUGGUCCACAGCCUGAAGCAGCCGGUGGACGAGAGGGAGUACACCCAGCAGCUCUUCAGAUACCUGCUGACCCGCACCGAGAGGGGCGUGGCCGCCUACGGUGAAAGUGCAACGCACUACCUGGUCAAAAACACAGUGAAGACGUUCAAAGAGCUUGGGGUCCUGAAGGAGAGGCGGGAGAACAGGGUGACGACCCUGGAGCUUAGCACCACCUUCCUACCUCAGGCACACCGCAGUAAACUCCUGAACUACAUCCUGGCCUUCAUCCUGCAGUGACCCCACCCAGGUCCUCCAACACCUCCCUCUCACCACCCCCCACCACUACCAGGACCCCAACCCCCCGUGGAAACAAGGGCUUCUACUGGCUACUUCUUAUUUCUCCCAGGUGCUAUACUCUGUGGAAAGCUUUACCAGGAAGUGCCUUCAUACGCUAGUCGCUAACCGAUAGCCGUUAGCUCGAGGAGUCGCGAGGCCAGCCUUCUGUCACUCAAGGGCACAAGUCUCGUCUUAGCCGUAGAGGGAAACUAGCGCUUGGCUGCUAGCCGCUAGCUCUUGGCCGCUGGCAGCUAGCCGCUGGCUCUCAGCUGUUAGCUGCUAGCCGCUAUCUCUUAUCCAUUAGCUCUCAGCAGCUAGCUUUUAGCAGCUAGUUUAACGUAUGAACACCCCCAGUGGACGCCCAGAGGUACUGCCCUCUGUCCCGUGUAGAUCCUAAACCCCUGGAAGAAAUGGGUUCAAAGGUGGAAUGAAUCUUUAAGGAAACUUUUGAAAUGAUGAUAUUACCCUUUCCAACUCUUUAAAUAAUUAUUGUGGUAUUGAGAGCAAACUCCAUGCAAAGCAUGCUUCAUUUCAUGCAAACGUCGAAAGUCAAACCAUCGAAUUGUGCAUCAGGAAUGGCCGUCGACCGGAAAGCGUUUUUAUGUCGAAUUGUAAACUCAUGCAAGUUAACGGAUGAAUCCGGAAAAAAAUAUAUGUUAAACUUCCCUCAAAAGACAAAAUGUACAAAUGUGUAUAAUGCGUAACGCAUCAGUGUUGAAGAGCAGACUCUGAAAGCCAUUCGACGUUACAUGCUAAGUUACACGCAUGAAAUUAGAGGUGUCAUGGUGAAAAAACAUUUGAUGUAUACACCAUUUAAUCAUAAGUAUAGAUACAUAGUUACAACUUUUGUUGUUUCAUACAUCUAGUAACUAUAGAAAACCCUUAGAUUAUAUAGUCUCCCCGCUUAAAACUAGCUAGAUGUACUGGAUGAAAUACCAGCAUAGUUCGAGCCUCAAACUCUAGUAGCCAAGUGCAAGGAUUUAUUUUUCUCUCUCAGAUAAGAUGAUUCAAAAGGAGAUGUAGAUUAAUCAAAAAUAUGUAACCUAUUUCUAAAACGACAAAGGUUUAAAUUGAUUAAGGACAGAAAAAUGUCUAGAUUUAAAGAUGAGCCUUCUAUUUUAGAUGUUUUCUCCAGAUAUUUGGAUACAUAUUCCAGUAGGCCGAAUAGUUCUUGCUGUCACUCUUGGGUAUUAUUUUGACCAGGCUAAUGAGAUGCUAACUUUGAGAUGUACAUAUCCACUAGUUCCCCUGUCGGCAAACCCGUGUUAGCUCAACCACUUCUGGUUCAAGAUGAGGAAAAACACUUUGCAUUGUUGUGUCAUUGACAUUAUUUAACCUAAAUAUUGGUGUUAAAGAAGAAUGGUUUUCAAAUGGGAUUGUCAAAAUCAUUUUUGUCUGUAUCCAUUCAUUUCUUUCAACCGAAAACAUAAAAAUGAUUGCUUGAGCAGUCAAGCGGAUCGAACAAAAGGUACCCUUAAUCUUUUAACAUGAAGUGUAGGUGAUCUGAAGAAGCAUGAAGAUGUGUGUGUGUGUGCGUGUGUUUCUGUGUGUGUAUAGGCCAAGUUGGGAAGACUUUGGAAGGGGGAUGUUUGGGGCAUUAUAUGAAACAGUGUAAAUAUGUUGAAUAUUAAAUUAUGAACGUAAAAUGACUGUCAAAAUGGAGCCCCCUUUGGUUGGUUUUGUGAAUAGAAGUGAAGUCUCUGUGGAUGUUGAAUGGUCAGUGAUACAAGUCAAACCCUUAAAAAUAAAAAUGUGACUACAAUAUAUAUUUUUGAAUCGGUUGGCAUGACCCAUGUUAUGGAAUACCUUCAAACAAAUGUAGAGUCAUUUGUCCACGGCAUUCAACAAUCAAAUGCUACAAUCCACAAGAAGGAUGUGUCAUGUGGUGAGGGCAACUAGUUAUGUAUCCGAUUCUGUGUGUGUGUGUUGAGAUUAAGCUGCUACCAAUGUGUAGGCCUACCAUAUGAACACCAUCAUUUCAAUGUCUCACACAGGACAAACGACUAUUAUAGCAAUACUACUGCAGCAGCUUCAACAGAUCCCUGAUGGGAAGCCAACACACAAUAACAACUCUGUUUUGACCUUUACUUUGCCGUACUGUAUGUACUAUCACAUACAUGUACUUCACUGUACUUGCUGUACACUGUAUGUACUCUGUACUGUACUUGAAGAAUCCUCUGGGCGCCUCAGUACUUCCAAAACAAACUCUGUGCCCAACCCGAGAAAUGUCUUUAUCGUGUGUGUGUGUGUGCGUGCGUGUGUGCGUGUGUGUUCG